AUGACUGUCCAUGAAGCGUCUGGUCCUAUUCUAGUCAACCGCCGACGCCUCCAGACCCACGUCGCCUUGAGCUGUCGAAGGCCGUGGGCGUCUAUCGAACAUUCACCUCCAAAGCCCUUUGAGCCGUCCUUCAGCGCGUGGUCCACCGCCGCGUGUGCUCAAGAACUCCUCCGAACCGACUGCCGAGUGCGGACCAUUACCAAGAGGCCAGCCAAGGGUUUGGUCAUCGGCCCACACCAGGCAAUCGCCAGCGUCAAAGGUGUUGCAUCCUCAACCGCAGACUCUCUGUCCUCUGCCCUCUGCUCCCCGUUUUCUUGCCCUCUCCAAGCAACACCUCGGUCGGUUGAGGACAUUUUUGUCGCCAUACCCAAUCUCUACUCUCGAAGCCACCGUCCGGACCUCCUCGAGCAAUACUCGCCUCCUCUUGGCUGGCCUUGUCCAGUCCCAGUCGCAUUCGUUUGCCCCCGCGACAAACGACAACGGUUCGCUCCCACCCGCACAGGCGCAAACCAAACACUCGACGCUUCUGACGGCCUCAAGAGACAAACCGUCGCCAUGGCCGAAAAUGCCGAGACAAGUGGCGAUAAGCACGUCACCUUCAAGGUGAAGACAUCUGCCGACAGCAACCACACCAUCACAAUGGCCGAGUCGGCCACCGUCUCGGAGCUCAAGACCAAGCUUGCUGGCCAAGAUUUCGAGCACAUCCCUGUCGAGAGACAACGCCUCAUCUACUCUGGCCGCGUCAUGAAGAAUGACGAGACCCUCGGAUCCUACAACAUCAAGCAGAACAACACCAUCCACAUGGUCAAGAGCGCAGCGAGCAACCCUACCCAGCAGACCUCGACAUCCGGUUCCACCCCUCGAGCCGUUCCAGACAACAUUUCGGCUGGAACCAACCCCAACGAUCCGCUAGCUGGCCUGACCGGCGCCCGUUACGCCGGCCACCAGAUCAACUUCCCGGGCAUGGACAUGUUCGGCCCAGAUGGCGGUAUGGGUCCCCCCAUGGACGAGGAGCGCAUCCAACGUAUGAUGUCAGACCCCAAUGUUCAGCAGUCCAUGAACGAGGCCUUGAACAAUCCCGACUUUGUCAACAUGCUCAUCGAAUCGAACCCAAUGCUCCGCAACAUGCCCAACGCAAGAGAAAUCAUCACAUCCCCGUUUAUGCGACAGAUGAUGAGCAACCCACAGAUGAUGGGCCAAGCCAUGCGUAUGCAACGAAAUAUGCGUGGGGGAGACUCAUCUUUCCCUGCCCCUGGCGCCACCGAUACCACGCCAGAUGCUGCUGCUGGCGGCAACCGAUCCGCUGGCCAGGCGAACAACAACCAGCCACCAAAUCCUUUCAUGAACCCAUUCAUGAUGCCCGGAAUGAUGGGUGGUGCUGCUGGGGGUAACAACGCCAUGAACCUUGCCCAGAUGCUUCAAAGCUUAAACGCCAUGAGCCCCAGCCCGACUGCCCAAGCUCCAACAACCAACGCUUCCACCACUGGAAACUCCCAAGGAACCACGCCAACGGCCGAGUCCCGAGAGCACCAGGCUGCUACUUCAGACACUGGAGCAGCUGGGGCUCCUCAGAACAGUCAGACCCAAAAUGCUGCCAACAACCCCUUGGCUCAAUUGUUCGCGCUGACGGGGGGCAGUGCGCUCAACGCCCACCCGAACUUUGAUCUGUUGGAGCAAAUGUCGAUGAAUCUCGGAGGCAUGGGCCCAGGUAUGCCAGCCGCAGCUCCCGACAAUCGACCGCCGGAGGAGCGAUAUGCCGAACAGCUGCGCCAGCUGAACGACAUGGGGUUCUACGACUUUGACCGAAAUGUUGCGGCCCUGCGAAGGAGUGGAGGCAGCGUGCAGGGCGCCAUCGAACACUUGCUAAGUGCUACAGAUUAA